CCCAGAGGUGAAUUUUCUACGGGGGUUUCCGCAGGAUCUGAGCUUCUCUCGUGGUUGUCCCGACAACGACGCCCCAAACAUACGGGUCCGUUUACGAUCUCUAUCGCCUUUUCAACCCAUGACAGACUCCAAAGUGAAGGGAUUGAUGACGACAAUACAGCAACACGCAAUAACGAUACACCACGACCAAAGAAGACACCAAAUUCACGACAAAAUCGACGACACCUCUGGCCUUAUGCAAAAUGCUGGCCCUUCGUGACGAGAACGCGGUCAAUGCAGCUCAAGCUGCUCGCCAUGCCCCCGGAAAAGGGCAGCUGGCUCCCAAGACCCCUGGAGCCCGAUACCCAAAGACGCCCUUGAAGAUUCCCCUCAACGACGAGAACGCUGUUGGAGGAGCCAAAUCCGUGCUCGCUGCCAAGUCGAAUACCAACGGAAACAUUCAACUCACGGCAAAGAAGCAGAACCUCAUCACUCCUUCUGAGACACGAGCUCGGGCGCCCCUCGGAAACAAAACCACCAAUGCAAAGGCUAGGGCCACUCAGAACACCGGAGGAAAGGAUGGCGAGAAAACACAGUCGAAGCCUACGACGACGAAGAAGCUGAAGCAGCGGUCUCCCAGCGUCGGCCCUCUCAAGCUCGAAGUCCGUAACGAUCAGGCUGGGCCAGCCGAGGAGCCUGAUGUCGAGUAUGCCCCUCCUACCGUCAAGGAUUUGCCCUACGAGUCGGAUGUCCUCUCCAAUGGAGACUUGACGUUUGAGGGACUCAAGCCCGAGAACAUGUUUAAGGGAUACUAUAACCACUUCUACAACCCCAUGGGCGAGGAUGGCGUCAGACUUCAGGACAGGCAGCAUCAGGAGAGGCUCCAGAAGGCUCUUAAGGAGAGUGACGAGCGUAUCCUCCGAGACAUUCAGGAAAUGGACUGGUCCGUCUCGGACGUUCCGGAGACUUCCGCCAUUUCUCAGCGAAAGGCACCAGCCCCGGCUCCUAACCCGGCCGUCACCAGAAAGGCGGUUGGAGGUGCUCCCAAGUACCCGCCCACGAUCGCUUCUAGAAGAGCCGCCUCUGCUCUGUCAAUGUCCACUGGUAACACUAUCAGACAGAAGAAGGUUGUCGAGCAAAAGCCUACGGUUAGAAGACCAAUCUCUUCUAUACUUCCGCGGACCAGACCCACCAAGCCUGCUGUGGCCCCAAAGUCUUCGGUCGCUGAAAGUGCCAUGGGAGAAGCCGUGUCGAGAAACACGCUGGGCUACACAAAGGGUCGCUCAGCCUCUUCCUUUGUUAGCGGGCGCCCGGCGUCUGCUGCGGCUCGGUCAGUCUCGACAGAUGCGAAAACGACCCUAGCCCCAAAGAUGACCAUGAGACGUGACGCAUCUCCCCAGAAGCAGAGACAGGAGGCCCGAAACGACAGCGAGGAGCUUGGAAAACUCCAGUUCCUAUCCAUCUUUGAUCCCGCUGGGGACGACGAGGAUGACGGCAUCGGCAGCGCGGGUCCACGAAACGAAGAGUUCGAGGACGAUGAGUUUGAGAUGAAGUUGACAUUUUAAUCGGUCAAAUGGGUUGAUGGAUGGCGUUUGGAGAUGAUUACCCUCAUUUGUAAAACAACAGGACGGCCGGGGACUAGGAGGCGUUUGGCUGGCAUCGUUGCCCAAAUGCAACGCCCGGGAGGUCGAACGGGCGAUCAAAGAAUGUGUUCGCGAUCAGGGCUUGCAAUGACUGUAUUUACUUUGUUAGACUCUGUAUGACUUAUUACCCUGCAGGAAUUGUUCAGACCAGGGCGAGGCUUUGUUUCUCGUAGCAAGCCGCAGACGCCUGCAUCUAUUACUUCAGUUCAUUGAUUUGCAUUUUAACUUUCGA